AUGACAGUAGCCACUGUCUUGCUCCCAAUGACUCGAGAAGAAGAGAUGGAUCAGCUGGGCAGGAACGAAAGUGAGACCCUGAGUGUUGAGUUAGCAGAGAUAGAAAGAAGCAUCAGGUCAUCAUUCAGAAUUGCUGCAUCAAGUUUUCGAAGAAACUCCAGUGUUGGUUCUACGAGGGCUGAUGAUGACGAUGAGCAUGAGUUGACUUGGGCUGCAAUUGAGAGAUUACCCACCCUUGAACGAGUGAGAACAUCUGUUUUUGAUCAUCGAGAUGAUGGAAAUGUUGCUGAAGAAAAAUCUGAAAAGAAGAUCAUUGAUGUUACCAAGCUGGGAGCACUAGAAAGGCGCCUUCUCAUUGAAAAUCUCAUCAGGCAUAUUGAAAAUGACAACCUUCGCCUUUUACAGAAACAAAGAGAAAGGAUAGACAGGGUAAAUGUGAAAUUGCCCACGAUAGAGGUGAGAUACAAGAAUCUGUCUGUGGAAGCAGAAUGUCUAGUGGUUGAAGGGAAGCCCCUACCAACUUUAUGGAACACUGCAAAGAGCAUGAUAUCGGGUUUCACGAAGAUGCCAGGAUUGAAGACUGAAGCCAAGAUUCACAUUCUCAAAGGCAUCAGUGGGGUCAUCAAGCCGUCCAGGAUGACUCUGGUGCUUGGACCUCCAGGAUGUGGAAAAACAACCUACUUGCUAGCUCUCUCAGGGAAACUAGACAAAUCUCUCAAGGUAAGAGGUGAAGUUACUUACAACGGCCUUGGAUUGGAAGAGUUCGUGCCUGAGAAGACAUCAGCUUACAUAAGCCAAUAUGACCUACAUAUUCCCGAGAUGACAGUAAGGGAAAUACUAGAUUUUUCUGCACGCUUUCAAGGUGUUGGGAGUAGAGCAGAGAUUAUGAAGGAAGUCAGUAGAAGGGAGAAGCAGGCAGGAAUUAUCCCUGAUCCUAACAUAGAUACAUACAUGAAGGCAAUAUCAGUGAAGGGAUUAGAAAGAAGCCUCCAAACAGACUAUAUCUUGAAGAUAAUGGGACUGGACAUAUGUGCAGACACAAUGAUAGGGGAUGCCAUGAGAAGAGGCAUCUCCGGUGGUGAAAAGAAAAGACUAACCACAGGAGAGAUGAUUGUUGGACCAACAAAAGCUCUUUUUAUGGAUGAAAUAUCAACUGGCUUGGACAGCUCUACUACCUUUCAGAUAGUGACAUGCCUUCAACAAUUUGCACAUAUCACAGAAUCUACUGUUGUGGUUUCACUUCUUCAGCCAGCACCCGAGACUUAUGAACUAUUUGAUGAUAUUAUCUUAAUGGCAGAGGGAAAGAUUGUUUAUCAUGGUCCUCGCACUCAAAUUCUUGACUUCUUUGCACAAUGUGGAUUCAAAUGCCCAGAGAGAAAAGGAGUUGCUGAUUUUCUCCAGGAGGUGUUGUCAAGAAAAGACCAAGAGCAGUAUUGGUUCCAUUCAAAUGAAAAUCAUAGUUAUGUUACUGUAGACCAAUUCUCUAUAGCUUUCAAGGCCUACCAUAUCGGACAGAGUCUAAGUGAGGAACUAUCAAAGCCUUAUGAUAAGUCUCAAUGCCAUAAAAAUGCACUAUCAUUCAACAGUUAUUCAUUAUCUAAGUGGGAACUGCUUAAAGCUUGCAUGGCAAGGGAAUUUCUUCUCAUGAAAAGGAAUUCAUUUGUCUAUACAUUCAAAACAACCCAGCUUGGAAUUAUCGCUAUCAUCACGGCGACAGUAUUUUUGCGAACACAUUUAGGCGUUGACAUUAUUCAUGCUAAUUACUAUAUGGGUUCCCUCUUUUAUGCACUUCUCUUAUUGAUGGUAAAUGGAUUCCCUGAGUUGGCUAUGACAGUUUCUAGACUUCCAGUCUUCUACAAACAACGAGACUAUUACUUCUACCCCGCAUGGGCAUAUGCAAUUCCAUCUGCUAUCCUAAAAAUUCCAAUAUCUCUUGUAGAGUCAUUAGUGUGGACGUCAAUUACUUACUAUGUCAUCGGGUAUAGUCCUGAGGCAGCAAGGUUCUUCCGCCAUUUCCUUCUACUCUUUUGUGUCCACCAAAUGUCACUAUCACUAUUUCGAUUCACUGCAUCCUAUUUUCAGACAGCUGUAGCUUCCACAGUUGGUGGUACCAUGUGCCUACUAGUAAUCCUGUUGUUUGGCGGUUUCAUUCUUCCAAAAUCCUCUUUACCAGAUUGGUUAAAAUGGGGAUUCUGGAUUUCUCCAUUAUCUUACAUAGAGAUUGGCUUGACUGUUAACGAAUUUCAUGCACCAAGAUGGCAAAAGAUCUUAUCAACAAACAUGACAAUCGGGCAGCAAGUCUUGACAAGCCGUGGACUCAACUAUAACAGCAACUUCUACUGGAUAGCAGUAGGAGCACUGUUAGUGUCAACCUUGCUACUGAAUUUAGCAUUCACAUUGUCCUUGACUCUAAAAAGACCUGUUGGGGUUUCUCGAGCCAUUAUCUCUCGUGAAAAGCUUUCUCAGAUACAAGGUAUGGAAAAUGAAGACAUUCCAGGUCAAAAUGAAAAAGGGUCCAUUACUGGAUCACCUGUACCUCUUUCAGAACCAAGGAGAACUGGAAAGAUGGUUUUGCCUUUCAUUCCCCUAACCAUAUCAUUUCAGGAUGUGAAUUACUAUGUCGAGACUCCUCCAGAAAUGAGAGAGCAAGGCCCUGCAGAAAAACGACUACAGCUGCUUCACAAUAUUACAGGAGCUUUCCAGCCUGGAAUUCUUUCAGCACUUAUGGGAGUAAGUGGAGCAGGGAAGACAACUCUUUUAGAUGUCCUUUCUGGAAGAAAAACUGGUGGUUUUGUUGAAGGAGACAUAAGAAUUGGAGGGUAUCCUAAGGUACAAGAAACGUUUGCAAGGAUAUCAGGUUAUUGUGAACAGUUCGACAUACAUUCUCCACAAAUUACUGUCAAAGAAUCUGUCAUGUAUUCAGCUUGGCUGCGUCUGUCACCUCAAAUUGAUGCAAAUACAAGAUCUAAAUUUGUCGAUGAAGUCAUUGAAACGAUCGAGCUAGAUGGAAUCAAGGAUUCUUUAGUUGGUAUACAGGGGGUCAAUGGUCUCUCUACUGAGCAACGGAAACGACUAACUAUUGCUGUGGAGCUUGUUUCCAAUCCAUCAAUUAUAUUUAUGGAUGAGCCAACAUCAGGUCUGGAUGCUAGGGCAGCUGCUGUUGUCAUGCGUGCAGUGAAAAAUGUUACUGAAACAGGAAGGACAGUAGUUUGCACCAUCCACCAACCAAGUAUUGAUAUAUUUGAAGCAUUUGAUGAGCUGAUUCUAAUGAAAAGAGGAGGAGAAUUGAUCUACACAGGACCAAUAGGAAAGCAUUCUAGUAAAAUUAUUGAAUAUUUUGAGGGAAUAGCUGGAGUACCGAGGAUUAGAGAUAACUAUAAUCCAGCAACAUGGAUGUUGGAGGUUACCAAUACAUCAAUGGAGAUGCAAUUAGAAGUAAAUUUUGCAAAGAUAUAUAAGGAAUCGUCCCUUUAUAAGGACAGCAAAGAGCUGGUUAAGCGCUUGAGCACACCAGCACCGGAUUUGAAAGAUCUGAGUUUUCCAACACGCUAUCCACGAAACAGUUGGGUACAAUUCAAAGCUUGCCUUUGGAAACAAUACUUGUCCUACUGGAGAAGUCCUUCAUAUAAUUUGGUGCGAAUAUCAUUUACCCUUGUCUCAUCCAUAAUCUUUGGAUUAAUAUUCUGGCAGCAUGGAAAGACAUUAAACAACCAACAAGAUCUGUUCAAUAUGUUGGGGUCAAUGUUUGUCGCCACAGUCUUCACUGGAAUAAACAACUGCUCGUCAGUUCUACCAUUUGUUUCAAUUGAGCGAACUGUUCUGUACCGGGAGAAGUUUGCAGGAAUGUACUCCCAUUGGGCCUACUCCCUUGCACAGGUGGUCAUUGAGCUUCCCUAUGUACUAAUAGAAGUGGUAUUAUUUAUGGUUAUAGCAUAUCCAGCAAUUGGUUACUACUGGACGGUCUAUAAGUUCUUCUGGUUCUUCUAUACCAUGUUCUGCACAUUGCUCUACUUCAUUUACCUUGGGAUGUUGCUGGUUUCAUUGACCCCAAAUGUUCAAGUGGCUACCAUAUUGGCAUCUGUUUGCUACACCUUGUUUAAUCUCUUUUCAGGCUUCAUUGUGCCAAGUCCCCAAAUUCCAAAGUGGUGGAUCUGGUUAUAUUACCUGUGUCCCAUGUCCUGGUCACUGCAUGGCUUCUUCAGUUCACAGUAUGGGGAUGUACAGAAGGAGAUAAUGGUGUUUGGAGAAACCAAAUCGAUAGCUUCUUUCCUAGAGGACUAUUUUGGUUUUCACCACAAUCUUUUAGGGCUCGUUGCUGUUGCUCUUCUUGCCCUUCCAUUGAUCUAUGCUUCCCUUUUUGCUUAUUUUAUUGGGAAGCUAAAUUUUCAGACAAGGUAAACAGAUAUUUAAGAAUACUUGUAAACAGAAUUCUGAAUUUUUGCCAGCUUGGAAAUUAUGGUAGUCAAUAGUGUAAGAAGUGUCUUUACUAGGAACAUUGGAUCUUUUGGUGACUCCAAUGGUGUAUAUUGCCCACAAAUAAUUUUAAGCUAUGCUCGAAGGUAA